AUGGCGCGAAAAGGGGGUCAAAGUAAAAGUGGUCCGAAUCUUGCUUCACCUAAUCGGCAAAAUACAACUAAUGGUGAUAUACUAAAUACACCAGAAAGAGAUCCAGUGCAUGGUGAAGAUCCAAGUUCACAUCUUCAAGGUAAAUCAAAUGGUUCUGGAGGGAACACUGGCCAGAAAACAAAAAGCAACAAGAAGAAUAACAAAAGCAAUGGCACCUCCUUUGGUAAAUCUGAUGACAUAACUUCACAUAAACAACAACCAGAAGAUAUCAGUACUGAUAUGCAAAAUUCAGAAGAACCUGGGCCACCUUUCAGCAGUACCAGACCAAGAAGAGAUGGCAAGAAAUCCUCACGGCGUGGCUUUGGUAAAAACUCAUCAGUAGAACAAACCCCAUUGCGUAUUUUGACAGAGCAAGUCAAAGAGAAGACCAGGCAUGUUACUUCCAUGGCUGCAUCCUUUUUUAGAACCUCGAUGAUGUAUGUGAUGGAAGAAAGCAAAGUAUUGGUUGAGAAAAAUAGGCCAGCUAUCACAGCUUUCAUGGCAAUGGCGGAAAAAGGGCGUGCCUAUGCCCUCGGCAAAAUGGAGUAUGUUUAUCCUAUUGCUCGGGCCUGGAUGUUUAGUGCUGGAAAGCUGAUGUUGCUCUUGUUGACUGUUUGGUUAGACUGCAACAUAAGGGGCUUCGAUUCUCUGCUUCGUCUGGGGACAAAUUCCCUUAUUGCAGUACUUUGGUGCAGCAUGUUGUCAAUUUUUGCAAUGAUUGGGAUAAAGAAAAUGCUCAUGUUCAUGGUGAUUGCUGCUUCUGUGGUUGCUUUUAUUGGUAUUGGUUUUGCUGUCCUGAUUGUCGCGGUGCUUGCAGUGGUGAUUUUAUGGCUGUAUGGAAGCUUUUGGACAACAAGCACUGUAGUAAUUGUUGGAGGUGCUUCCUUUUUGUUGAAGCAUGAACGAUUUGCUCUGCUUGUCACCUGCCUAUAUUCAAUGUAUUGUGCAAGAAGCUACAUUGGAUGGCUUGGAUUACUUUUGAGCCUGAAUUUGUCUUUCUUUUCAACUGAUGUUCUAGUCCAGUUCCUGAAGAAAAAUGUAGACAAUGAAAAUGGUUCUUCAAGGAACUCUGAUCAAAAUUCAGACAGAUCAAGCAAUUUCUUUGGGGAAUUUCAGCAAUCAUCAAAAGACAGCAGCUCACAUUCUGGAUAUACUCAACCUUCUAAUCGUGGCCCUGGUGAUCCGUCAACAAGUGGAGCUGAGGAGUUAACCUCUGAAGAUGAAGUGGCACGUUUAUUGAAUUGCGCCGAUCACUAUUCGGCAUUUGGAUUUCGCCUGUAUGAAAUCAUAGAUGUAUCAGUACUCAAGAGAGAAUACAAGAAAAAGGCUAUGUUAGUCCAUCCUGAUAAGAAUAUGGGCAAUGAUAAAGCUGCUGAUGCAUUUAAAAAGCUUCAAAACGCAUAUGAGGUUCUUCUUGAUUCAGUGAAACGAAAGACAUAUGACGAUGAGUUAAGGAGGGAGGAGCUACUGAACUACUUCAGGCGGUUCCAGGGUGCUUCUCAAAAGAAAGGAGGACAUGGUACAUUCCAACAAGGGUUUAGCCCCUCUGAAGGUGUUGAUGAAGGACCUUCUGCUCUAUCGAGAAGAAUAGCCUGCAAGAAAUGUGGCGAUUUCCAUCUGUGGAUUUAUACAGGAAGACCUAAGUUGCAGGGCAGAUGGUGUCAGGAUUGUAAAGAGUUUCAUCAGGCUAAAGAUGGUGAUGGAUGGGUUGAGCAGUCAUUUCAACCGGUCCUAUUUGGGAUGCUGCACAAGCCCGAUCUGCCUCGUGCAUUUGUUUGUGCUGAAAGCAGCAUUUUUGAUGUCACCGAGUGGUUCAGCUGUCAGGGAAUGAGAUGCCCACCGAACACGCACAAGCCGACCUUCCACGUGAAUGCCAGCUUGGCAAAGCAAGGUAGUGGCAAAGGGAGCACCUCAGGGCCAAGGGGUGGAAUCCCGAACAUGGAUGCAGGAGUCGAUGAGGAGUUCUUUGAGUGGCUGCAGAACGCUAUGCAGUCUGGCAUGUUUGAGGCGCAAGGCGACCCCCCUUCUCCAGGCAGCGGAACCCAUGCAAAGAGUAGUGGUGGUGGUGGCGGCGGCGGUAGUAGUAACAGGAAAAAGAGGAAGGGCAAGAAGCAGUGGUAA